AUGAUCGCUGAGGGUUGCUUAGCACUAGAAUAUGGAGCGUCCGCGGAAGACGUUGCUCGAGUAUGCCACGCUCAUCCGACUCUCUCUGAAGCUUUCCGUGAAGCAAAUCUCGCAGCUUACUGUGGAAAGGCUAUUAAUAGCAUUUAA